UGUGUGCAUAUAAAUGUGUAUGUAUAUAAAUAUACAAGCCAAGUAUAUAUGAUGGUUAAAAGGAGGGGUCACAGCAAGAACGCACGCGUCGCUGCCGCUGCCGCUGCCACCGAUCCACUCGACUGCGCGCCGGCGCAGGAAAUUGCAAGUCGAGCAGCGAGCAAACCCACCAAUUCAGUCGAGAUCCAAUUGUCGUGCCGAGCAGAUCAGUCGACCAUCAGAGGAACGUGAUCGUGAACGUGACAGUGAAGAAUAUUUCGAAUCAAAAGAAGUUGCAGUUUUUCCAAGUACAGUGCGGCCAUGUCCAAGCACAACUAUACGAAUCCGGCGUUUUGCCAAAACAGCGAGUUCUAUCCGGUGCCCUCCAACUCGAGCCCGAGCUCGAGUCGCGUCGAGUCGAUUUACAAUCGCAGCCUGCAGCUGAACUUUAGUCCGGUGUCGGUGCCGGUGUCGCCCUGUCGCGAUCCACGCGAGGGUCCGCUCCGCAUGCAGCGUAGCAUGUCGACGCGAUCGGUGACGCGUAAACAGUACCAGCAACAGCAACAGCAACAGCUGCAAUAUCAACAGCAGCAACAGCAACAUCUACAACAACAACAACAAUCGUCUAGUGGUCGCUAUGCUUUGGUGCCGCUGGAAGAGCUGGGCAGCGUGGCCAGUCGCUAUGCAAUUGUGCCGGGCCAGGCUGCACAGCGUUUGGCCCGCUCACAGGAUAAUCUAGAUCGUUAUGGCUCACGGCAUGGCCUACAGUCGGAUGAGGAGCCGCACUCGUUUCACGAGGAGCCACAGCAGCAGCAGGAGACACAAUUUGCCAGCUUGCCGCCUACGUUAAACGCAGUGCCGGCAAAGCCGUUACCAAAGAUCAAACACGCCUUCUCCAGUGACUUUGGUAGCAAAACGUUUCUCAUUGUGGACAAGAAUAGUAAUCAGCGCUAUCAGAUGGUGCCCACUGCCGAGGAUGAGGAACUGGUCGAUGACAAUCAGGAGAUCAUUCAGAUGCACAAUGGGCGCGCUCAUCGCUAUGCGGUCAUACCCACCGAGGCGGAUGACGAUGAACUGACCGAGGACUCAUCGCUGGCCCAGCAGGAGACCUGCCUUAGUCACACGGAGCUCAGUCAACAGUUUGGCAUGCAGCAGCGUACAUCGACCCCACAGCAGCAACAACAACAGCAGCAGCAGCGUAAUGCUGCUGCUGCCACACGGGCAUUGCACGAGCUGCUGUCGACGCCGCGCAAAAUGCAACCACCACCGCGUCUCGCACACUCCACGCCCCGCAAUGCCGCUCACCACGAGCAGCUGCAGCGCGAGCGUCGCCUGCAGCUCUACCAGAGCCAGCAGUACAUCAACAUGAAUCAGCAGACGACAACCGUCUCAGUUGCCCCUUCGCCGGCGUUGCCACUGCGUCAGCAGCGACUCUCCCCCCAGCGAUUGCACUAUGAGACGGUGAAGCCGCCGAUGCCAGUAGUAGCUUCACAACAACACCAACAGUUGGCUAUAGUUGAUCGCACCAUGGCGGUGAUUAGUCCGCGUGUCCAGGGCCAGGAGCAGGAUCUGAGCAACCAGCUGCCUGGCUGCAAGUCGACGGUGAAUAGCAAUGUGUAUCCACAGAAAUUGGCCAAUGCCACCAUCACAUUGGCAAUUGUCUCCUUGAUGCUUGUCCUGGGCAGCACCAUGAAUGCCGGCCUCAUCAUCUACAUGAUAGCCCAUUUUGGAAAGUCGUUCUACCUGCAGUUUGGACUGGUUGCCUCGUUUUGCGGCAUGGGUCUUGGAUUUCUUGGCUUUCGCUCGCGACACUGCGAAUGGUUGCCAAAUCGGAGCUAUACCUCUGGCUACAUCCUGGUCACCAUCUUCUGUCUGUUCAAGUGCUGUGGCUUAUUGCUCAUCCUGGUGUUGGAUCCGUUUCCAGGACUGCCGCUGCAUGAUGUCACCACUGGCGUUAUUUUGGGCCUGUCCACAUUCACCAUGUUCUUCAUUGGGCUGGGCGUUAUCGGCAGCCUCUGGUGCUAUCGUCCUCCACCUGAUAACCGUGUCAAUGUGGUCUAAGUGCACUUUGCGCCAGUUUUUAGCACAGUUCUUAAUUAGUUUUUAGUUUUUCGUAUAGUUUUUAGUGUAGUUUUUUUUACUGUAGUUUUCUUUUCAGCGAGCGGCAACCGGAACGGCUAGGAGACCAAAAAAAAGUAUUCGUAAUUAGUGACGCACUCGAAAUUCCAGCAGCGAAUUUUGUUUUCAAGACUGUAAAUAUCUUAUUGUAUCGUAUCUGAGUUACACAUGGGUUGUAAUUAAG